AUGUGGUUUCAGGAUGCCUCGAUGUUCCGUCGAUGUCUGGCGCCGCGUUUAAGGGGCGCUUGGCUCCUGCUGCUGCUGCUGCCGUCGAGCUUGGGCAUUGUCCGCAAAGGGGGGCUGGCCCUGCAUUGCCCCAAGGACUGCGUGUGCGCCAGCAACAUCAUCAGCUGCUCCAAAGCCGAGCUGAAAGUCUUCCCCGCACACCUCCCUCCCUACGUCUCUGUCCUAGACUUCAGUCACAACGAGCUGAAGCGGCUCCGGGCAGAAUGGGCUCCUGAACGGCUCUCUCAUCUCCACUCCCUCUUCCUCAGCCACAAUGGCCUUCACUUCAUCUCCACUGAGGCCUUCUGCAAUGUCCCACACCUCAAGUACUUGGACCUCUCCUCCAAUGCCAUUGAGGCGCUAGGUGAGAACCUCUUCAGUAAGCUGGAGGAGCUGGAGGUGCUGCUCCUGUACAGCAACAAGAUCUCCAAGAUUGACCGCUCUGCUUUUGAUGAGAUGGCCAGCCUCCAGAAACUGUACCUGAGCCAUAAUGACAUUUCCCGCUUCCCACUGGAGCUGGUGAAAAAGGAAGACCCUAAACUUCCUCAGCUGGCCCUGCUGGAUUUGUCUUCCAACAAGAUCAAGAUUUUGUCUGUGAAAGAGGUGAACGAGCUCCCAGCCUGGGUGAAGAAUGGCCUCUAUGUCCACAGCAACCCACUUAGCUGCCACUGUGACCUCUACAACCUUUUCACCCACUGGCAUAAGCGGCAGCUCAGCUCAGCUGUGGACUUUGAGGAGGAGCUCAAAUGCCUGGAUCAGGACAACCGAAACAUCAAAAUUUCCAGCCUCAGUGACCCAGAGGUCAUGAACUGCAGCGAAUUCAAGGAGCAAGCCCUGGAAGUCCACCGUGGGCAAAAAGUCAUCAUCAACUGUGACACCAGGCAGCGGGGAGUAACCUCUACAGAAUGGACGACACCCAGGUUUGAGCGUGUCCCACAGGAGGGGGAUAAUAGCUCCAUGACUGUGCUGACAAAUGGGAGUCUCCAGAUAAAAAACAUCAGCCUGGAGGACAUGGGCCCGUAUACCUGUAAUGCAGUAAGCCAGGUGUUCAACGAGACCUUCUAUGUGCAGGUCACAGUCCAUAACUCCACCCUGCAUGGCACACCAGACACACUUAAUACAGCCUACACCACUCUUGUGGGCUGUAUCCUGAGUGUCAUUCUGGUGCUCAUCUACCUGUACCUGACCCCAUGCCGUUGCUGGUGCCGCAACAGCGAGAAGCAGGCUAAUCAACCAGAGGACAGUAUCAACUCCUCAGUGCUCAGCACCACUCCCAAUCAUAAUGCUGACGUGGCUGGGGGCAAGGAGGGAUUAAAUCGACACAUGGUGCCAAGCAAUGCACAAGGCCAGAAUGGCAAGUGCAAACCCAGCAGCUCCCCCACGCAGCCCGCGAAAGGGGCUCCGAAGACCGAGCGGAAAAUGUCAGACCCAGACUCUGUCAGCUCCGUCUUUUCAGAUACUCCCAUCGUGGGAACCCUGCAGAGUGAAGGAGGGAGAGGCUUGUCUAGCAGAGACAAAGCAGGGCCUGAAUUAGUGGGGCUACUGUGAUAACUCCAACUACAGGAAAGAAGAGGGGAAAUAGAUCUGUCCCCUUAAAAUACCGUAGUCAUGUCUGCAGUUCUCCAGUCUCCCACAGGAUGUUAUAACAUUGCUGUUUUAUUCGCCUCUUGUCAAGGCCAGCGCUAAAAACCACAUGUCCCAUCUUGUCCUUGAAGCACAGCCGUUUCUGAGUACUCCAGUUUUUGAAGGACGUGAUUUUUCAGCUCUCUUAUAUUGGAACUUGACUUGUCCCACUAAGAAAAAGAAGAGGCACUCUGCUAAUAGGCCCAGUGGACUAAUUAGGUUUUCUAAAUACCACCAUUGAUGGGACUUUCCUUCUAGGCAUCUGUGCAAGUAGAAUAUCCAGAAGAGCAGCCCUGAUCAUCUGUUGCAGCAAAACUGGCAGUGUCCUAUGUCAUCUUAAAAACAGUAUUAUUGUGGCAUACGCUUUCAUAGGUGGCUAUCUACUUCAUCAGAUGCAUGAAGUAGACCUAGAAACUAUGUCUUUAGCUAUCAUUCUUGGAAAUUAAACCAUAGUCAUGUCCACAGUAGCUCCAGCAACAGUAGUCGUAGCCCCAAUUAGCCAUAGCAUCGUAAAAAGAUGUUACUUUUUUAACAGCUUAAUUUUAAAAUAUAUUACUACAAACAUUUUUUGUUAAAGCAGAAAAUAAAGGUUCUCACCAUAACAGGCUUCUCAGGAUAUAAUUCAAAGCAUCUUCUAGCAAGCAGGCCUACCUAUUUUAGAAACCUCUGCUCUGUUCUGGACUCUGAAAGAAAUUAAAAUUGCACAUUUGGAAAAAUUGCAGUGGAGGCGGUAGUUACGGAGCCUCGCUUCAGUACAGAACUUUGUGAAAAGGAGUUAAACCCAAAGAUUGUAAUGUUCGUGGCAUCAAAAUGCAAGAAGAAACCUACAGUCUUGGUAACUGGUAAGCCAGAAUUCUACCCUGCUAGCUCUCCCACUUUUGCUAGCUCUGAGAUGCAAAGAGACAAAAAUGUGUCAUGGUCCAAACCAGCUGCUUUCCCCCCACAGCUUUUUGCUUGGUGGUUUAACAAUCUGCUGCCCCUUACUAGUUCUAGUCAUAAUAGCCAGGGAGUUCCAGUACAGUUCUUCAUUCUUGCAAAACUUUAGUGAGUUUGGAGACUGUGGGAGUCUUUAAAGAUCUGGGAAUCCUGAAGUAAUUUGGCAACCGGUUCAUCUUCCAUCAGUUUUCUUUUGUUCACCUAACUGCUUCAGGAGACCAAAUGUUCUACAAACUCCAAGUGCUUGGUGGGGGAAAGGGAAGCUCAUGAGUGACCCCAAAUGCAGGAGCCACUGCAACAACUAUGAGUAGGAGCACCUGUGGCCAAUGACAAGCCUUUGUGGAAUGCUGUGCUCUCUUUCAGCUCCUUCCUAAACCAUACACCAUUAUG